GCGGCCCAGCUAUAUAAGAGGGCCCCAACCGCGCGGGGUCUCCAAUCUGCCAUUUUCUGUUCCUGAGAAAGUCUGUGCUGUCCUGAGUCCUCUGUUUUCCCCACAGGCAGUAUUCUGCCCGCUGGCCCGCCGCCUCAGGGGAACGAUGGCCACAGAGUCUACAGCCACUGCUGCCAUCGCCGGGGAGCUGGUUUCCGCUGACAAAAUUGAAGAUGCCCCUGCUCCUUCUACCUCUGCAGAUAAAAUGGAGAGUCUGGAUGUGGAUAGUGAAGCUAAGAAACUACUGGGACUAGGACAGAAACAUCUGGUGAUGGGGGACAUUCCAUCGGCUGUUAAUGCACUCCAGGAGGCAGCCAGUCUUCUAGGUAAGAAGUAUGGAGAAACAGCUAAUGAGUGUGGAGAAGCCUUCUUUUUUUAUGGGAAGUCACUUUUGGAGUUGGCCAGAAUGGAGAAUGGAGUGUUGGGAAAUGCCUUGGAAGGAGUGCAUGUAGAAGAGGAAGAAGAAAAAACAGAAGAUGAAUCUUUGGUAGAAAACAAUGAUAAUGUAGAUGAGGAAGCAAGGGAAGAGUUGAGAGAACAGGUUUAUGACGCCAUGGGAGAAAAAGAAGCCAAAAAAGCAGAAGGCAAGUCUCUGUCAAAGCCUGAAACUGACACAGAACAGGAAAGUGAAGUGGAGAAGGGUGGAAGAGAAGAUAUGGAUCUAAGUGAGCCUGCAGAGAAGCUACAGGAAAAAGUUGAAUCGACUUCAAAGCAGUUAACUGAGUCCUCUGGAGAGGCAAAAGAAGCAGCAAUACCAGGACUGAAUGAAGCUGAGGUCACUUCUGGGAAGACAGAACAGGAAUCAUUGUGUACUGAGGAAGGAAAAUCAAUUUCUGGAGCUUAUGUUCAAAAUAAAGAAUGCAGAGAAACAGUGCAUCAGGAGAAGGAGGGAGAGGAAAUAAUAAGCAUAGAGGAAAAUCCAAAAGAAACUUCAGAAGAUCAGCCUGUUGGGUCUCCAGAAAAGCAGGGUACUUCAAUGAAGGUAGAAGCUGAAACAAUAGCCCCCACGGUGAAGUCAGUGGACAUGGGUGGGGAGGAACCAAAGGAUCAGGUAGCUGCCUCUGAGAGUGAACUAGGAAAGGCUGUUCUUGAGGAACUGUCAGGGCAAGAUGUCGAAGUGUCACCAGUGGUGGCUGCAGAGGCUGGAUCAGAUGUCUCUAAGAAGCCAGGGCAGGAGAUUACAGUUCUUCCCAACAAUGGUUCAGUUGAUGGACCAUCAGCUGCAGGAGAUCAUACUCCUGGUGAACCACAGAUUUCUGCAGAAAGACUGACAGAGACUAAAGAUGGCUCAAGUGUAGAGGAGGUCAAGGCAGAGCUGGUUCCUGAGCAGGAGGAAGCUAUGCUACCUGUAGAAGAGUCUGAGGCAGCUGGAGAUGGGGUUGAGACCAAGGUAGCCCAGAGGGCCAUGGACAAGGCACCUGAAGACAAAUUUAAGAUAGCUGCUAAUGAAGAGACACAAGAGAGAGACGAACAGAUGAAAGAGGGUGAAGAAACUGAAGGCUCAGAGGAAGAAGACAAAGAAAAUGACAAGGCUGAAGAAACACCAAAUGAAUCAGUUCUUGAAAACAAGUCUCUGCAAGAAAAUGAAGAGGAGGAGAUUGGGAACCUCGAGCUUGCCUGGGAUAUGCUGGAUUUAGCAAAGAUCAUUUUUAAAAGGCAAGAAACAAAAGAAGCCCAGCUUUAUGCUGCACAAGCCCAUCUUAAACUUGGAGAAGUUAGUGUUGAGUCUGAGAAUUAUAUCCAAGCUGUGGAGGAGUUCCAGGCUUGCCUAAACCUCCAAGAACAAUAUUUGGAAGCCCAUGACCGUCUCCUUGCAGAGACUCACUACCAGUUGGGUUUGGCCUACGGUUACAACUCUCAGUAUGAUGAGGCAGUGGCACAGUUUGGCAAAUCUAUUGAAGUCAUUGAAAAGAGAAUGGCUGUACUAAAUGAGCAGAUGAAGGAGGCCGAAGGAUCAUUUACUGAAUAUGAGAAAGAAAUUGAGGAGCUGAAAGAACUGCUACCUGAAAUUAGAGAAAAGAUAGAAGAUGCAAAGGAGUCCCAGCAGAGUGGGAAUGUAGCUGAACUGGCCUUGAAAGCUACUCUGGUGGAGAGCUCUUCUUCAGGUUUCUCUCCUAGUGGAGCAGGUGCCUCAGUCUCCAUGAUUGCCAGUAGAAAACCAACAGAUGGUGCUUCCUCAUCAAAUUGUGUGACUGAUAUUUCCCAUCUUGUCAGAAAGAAGAGGAAACCAGACGAAGAGAGCCCCCGGAAAGAGGAUGCAAAGAAAGCCAAACAGGAGCCUGAGCUGAAUGGAGGCAGUGGGGAUGCUGUCCCCAGGGGGAAUGACGUUCCAGAAAGCAUGGAGGCUGAGGCUGAGAAUCAGGCUGAAAGCCCGGCAACAACAGAGGGGACAGUGGAGUCUACAGCUACAGUUGAAGGCACUGCAUGUUAAGAGGGAGCAGAACCUUUCUCCUGAGGGAAAGUGGUUUUGUACAUAAUGUAUUUUUUCACUUUUGGGGAUUCUUUUUGUAUAACUUCAAUAAAGAUUGUAGGCAACA